AUGUCUGACAGGUCUCUAUUGAUUCAUGCUGUUAGAAAUGGGCAUCCAGACACGGUACGGCUCUUGCUCGAGAAAGGCGCCGAUAUUGACCGUAGGGAUCGGAACAGCCGAACCCCAUUAUGGCAUGCUGUUGAACGAGGACAUCUGGAUGUGGUGACGCUUUUACUCGAGAAGGGUGCCGAUAUUGCGGAAAAGGAUUACUUUGGCCAAACUCCGAUUCACUAUGCCGCUGAGAAGGGAAAUCCACGCAUGGUGUUGCUGCUAUUCAAGAAGGGCGCUGAUAUUGGGAAGGCGGAUCGUUGGGGUCACUCCCCGAUUUGGUACGCUGCUCGAGAAAUGCGUCUAAAGACCGUGAUUCUACCGCUCCUCGAAAGUGGUCUUCACAUCGACUUUAAGGAUGAAAACGGCCGAACCCUACUAUCACAUGCCACCAGUGCUGGUGACGAGUCCGCUAUCAAGGUUCUACUUCAGAAGGGCGCUAAUAUAGAGCAGAGAGAUAAGGACGGCCUCACGCCCCUAUCCUGGGCUGCCCGUUGGGGACAGGAAGCGACUCUGAGAAUUUUGGUGGGCAGUGGUGCUCAGAUCGACGUGAAAGACGAGCAAGGCCGCACGCCCCUAUCUUGGGCUGCCGAUACGGUGGCUUCUGAGGCUAGGACUAGGGACAAGCCUUUAUGGCAGAGCUACUUUGUCGGUAUCUUGUCUGAUCCCACUUAG